CACCCCCCAAUCCCCACAAUGCCACCCUCAGCAAAACGCGACUACCAAGCGCGCAUGGCGCACACCGUGCUCAUGUACUUGUACAUGCUGCUGUUCAUGGGCUCGUUAGUCGUGUCGAACCUCCUCGGCAUCUUCAAGGCGCCAUGGACGCCGUACCGCGCCAGCAUGAGCCACAUCAGCCCACAGGCGGCCGACGCCGCGUCCUACGCCAACUCGGUGAUGGACGGCAUUACCCUCGUCUACUGGUUCAUCUUCUUUGUGUGCCAGCACACGCGCCGCGCGCUGCACGUCUGGGUGCAGCUGCUCGCGUACGCGGCCAUCUGCGCGGCCAACCUCGGCCUGGGCGUGACGCUCGAACGCGCGGCGUUCGAGCCCUGGUUCCGCGCCGCCGCGGUGCUCGCGUGGGUCAAGGCGGGCCUCGCCGUCGUCUUCGCCAUCAAUGUUGCCACAUACACCGGCGUCGUGCACGGCAAGCCGGGGUUCCGGCGCGAGUUCGCCCCAGCGUGGCGCGACGGCGUGCCGCGCCGCCCGCCGGCGGCGCGCGGCGCGCAGAUCGCGCAGAUCGUCCUCCUCUCCCUCCUUCUCGCGUACACCUUCGCCGUCUUCGUCUUGCAGUGUAUCCUCGUAGACGUAAUGCGGGAGGUACGCCGGCAGCGCAACACGGCGCUGCUGUACGUGCUCCUCGCGGCGCAGGCCGCGUUCUGCGUGUAUCUCGCCUUCUACCUUUUCCUGCGCCGCGCCGACCCAUUCUCCCGCUUCGUGAGCGUGCUGGCCGACACGGCGGUGUUGGCGCUGUGGGCCGCACUGAUCGCCGCGCUUGCGGGUGCAAGCGUCGCCGUCGUCGUAGCCGGGAUCGACGGCGGCACGCUCCAGGCGAUCCUCGCGUUCGUAUGUGCCGGGCUCACCCUCGCCAUCGUCGCGUUCGAGGUCAUAUACACUGCUGUGCGCGGCGGCCAGGGGAGGUGGCACAGGCGGUUCGCCACUCCGCCGGAGGUGGACGAGGUCGAGUUUGAGAUGACGCGCACGCCCAAGCCCAGCCGUGAGACCAGCCCUCGCAAAGAGGGCGAGGGACCGCCGACGCUCAGCUACGUGUAGCUUUACCCACUUAGAAAUGCGAGUCGGCCCACUAU